AUGGCUGACAAGAUGCUGAACUACUUGUCAAAGCAAAAGGAACAGGAGGGUUCGGAAGAGAUGAAAGGCCAGCAAAAAAUUAAGGGUCGUGCUCCCCAACCACCAAAGCAACCUCCCAUUGCUCGUGAUGUUAAGGAACAUAAAGUAAUCCCAACCCUAGGAAUGUGGUCAAAUCAGAAUAUCUUAACUGUGAAGGGAAAUCUGAUUAAAACCACAGUGGAAAUUCUGGUAGUUUUUCCAAAUGGAGAAGAACAGAAACAUACUAUACAUGGGAGCAAACCUGUGAUGGAUCUGUUUGUAGAGUUGUGCAGCCAGUACCACUUAAACCCAGCAAUUUAUACUUUUGAAUUGAAGUCUGGGGAGACCCAACAAUCUUUGAGUUACAAGCCAAAUACUUUGAUAGGGACAUUAGAGGUACAGAAGAUACUUCUAAAAUUGAAGGUUCCUGAAGAAAAAAAAUUCAAGCGGCCUCCACCAAAGAUUCCUGAGAAAACUGUGAGACUGGUAGUAAAUUAUCUGAAGACACAAAAGACAGUAGUUCGAGUGAAUCCUGAAGUUCCUCUUCAGAAUAUAAUCCCAAUCAUUUGCGAAAAGUGUGAAGUUAGUCAGGAAUGCAUUGUUCUCUUAAAAGAUAAUUUCACUGGAGAAAAACUGGAAUUGACAAAGUCAUUGAAUGACCUAGGGAUAAAGGAGCUUUAUGUCUGCGACAAUACACAAGCUCCUCCAUCAAAAACUCACUCUGAACCUACUGUGAAUUAUAGAGAAACAAGCCUAUCAUCUGGUUAUGACAUAUCAGUAAAAGAAAAGAAAGGAUUUCUUGGAUUUUUUAGGACAAGUAAGAAAAACAAGUUUCAGGCAGAGAAAUCCUCAAGAAGAAGCCUAGAUCUGGGUAGUGGAGAAUUUUUAAAAUCCACGUAUCGUAAACAAAGCCUUGAUGAAACAAUGAUCGCAGAUUCUUCACAAAAUUUAUGUUCUGUAAUGGUGACACCGUCAUUAUCGCAUGGAAAUUCACAAGGGGCAAUUGCAAAAGUUGAAAUGAAGAAGCGGAGAGCACCACCCGUACCAGUAAUACCACCCUUUUCUGGUGGGAAAGCCGAGAGAGAAGAAAAAAUGCCAAGUCCGUUGCCUCAAAGUUCAUUGCAACAUGAAAUAAAAAAGAAAAAGAGACCUGCUCCUCCUCCACCAACUUACAAAACGUCGAACAGAUUUGAAGAAACGGAAAAUAAAAGACAAAGUACAAUUGGUAAUGAACAGCAAGUGCCUCAAAAGCCUCCUAGAGGCAAUAUACGAGAUCCACCCCAGUUAGUGAUCCCCCCACCCCCAUCAUACCCUCCUCCUCCUGACAAAGAUACCUUGGACCCAGCUGCAUUGUACAAUGAAGCAGAUGUUACAGACCCAACCCAGUUGGUAUCUAAAAGAAAUGUUCAACUUUCACAUACUUAUAAAGGAGACACUAUAGAAGAAACCAACUCUUUCAGCAGUUGUCCAAAAUGUAAUAAAACUACUAAUUUAUUCCCUGUUAUUGUACCACGGGCUUUUCAAAAUGAUGGCAUAAAUUCAAGAAACAAAUCUAUUGUUGAGAAGACCUCGGCUGAAAUACAUCCCAUAUUGUUUGCAAAAGGAUGUUCUGUAAAUAAUGCUUCCUUUAAAAAUGAUAAAUCUGAGAAUAUUAAACAAAGGGCUGAUGGCAGAAUGAUGGAAACCAAAAUUGAGAAUACUGAUAAGUUUAUGGUUGCUGGUGUGCAAAAGGUUCAACUUGCACUAGACAAAAGCCUGGCAGUGACGGAAAAUAUACGUAAUGAUCCUAAAAGCCAAUCGGUUGUCUUUGAGAUGAAAGGUGCAUCCAGCCCACUGCCACAAAAAGCUGAGAAUCCUUCUGAUGUUUCAUUUCCUGUGCCAGUGACAAUUAUUGAUGAAUUUCCAGAAAAUAAUACCAUUACUCAUUCCAAUAAAGAAGAAGAAAAAGAUUUGUUUUCUACGAUAGAAACUAGUGAAAAUACUCCAGUUAAAUUGACUGAUCUAGUUAAAUUUUUUGACACAAAUAAAAAUAUUGAAACUGUAAGUAAGAAAUGUGUAGGAACAUCUUCCUAUUCACCUAAGAAUUUGUCACAAAAAUUUUCGACAGGAAAUAUUUAUGAAAAUGUCAUUGAUGAACUUAAUAAAUCUCAUCCAAAAUUGAAAGGUGUAUCAGCAAAAAACUCUGAUGAAGAAGAAUCUGACCCAACACAAUUUCCAUGGCAACGUAGUAGUAAUAAUAGAAGUAAAAUCUAUCGUUCUAAAACUGGCUUGACAACUUUUACAGUAGUUCCUCCCAAACCCAAAAUGAGAGAUGUUAAUAGAAAUCAGUCUCCUUAUACUGGUGCCAUUAAAAUAGACGAGUUAGGUAACCUAGUGAAACCUAAUGAUGGUCAUGCUAGAAAAAUUAUAGUAGAUGCAUCCUCCAAAGUAAAUGUUUUUGACGGAGAUAAAGAAUGCAAGAGGUCAAAUACUACAGAAAAGCAAACUGAAGGAUUACCGUUAGACCAUUCUAUUGAAACAGAGAUCACCAUUAAUUCAAAACAACCUAAUAAAAUGUCCAUAACUGAACCUGAUUGUAUUAGGAAAACAACUUGGCCAAUAGUUGGUUCCCAUUCUGAAAAUAUUGUUGGACCAGUUGAAACAAAAGUCCCUAGUAAUACCUCCCAGUUUUCAGGAAAAACUGUCUUAGCCUCUGUGAUAAGCAGGAAAGAUUUCGUGCUUCAGAUGCCCCCCAAACAAUCAUCAAAGGACUAUUUAACCACAACUGUUGCCAAUUCCAAUGAUCUAACCCAGUUUGAAACCAUUCAAGGAAAGCAUUAUGAAGAACUAAAUAAAACAGAAGGAAUAAAAACUGAAAUGGAGCCAUUUUCUAAAGGAUGUACUGUUGCAGCCAAAUACUGCCCAAUGGAAACAGAGCCAGGAAAAACCAAAAAACUGUAUUCAAGUACCUUCAGUAAAAAUGUGUCAAAUACCACUCCAUCUUGUGCUGAUCCUAGGGUAUCAAAUAUCAAGAUACAAAAACAAAACAAAUCUACUAACAGCAUUAGUGGGACAUCUACUAUAAUAACAUCUAACAAAAACAGUAUCUCGGAACAGGAACUCAUUCAUGAUUUAGUACAAGAUGUAACAGAUAGAGAAAUUACUUUUGCAGUAAUAAAAAAGCCAUCUGAUCAGGUUAGCUCUCCCUUUUUUCUUAGCAAACCUAAUGCUGAUUCAUCUGCCACAAUAUUUAGCUCCCAUAUGAAAUCAAGCAAUUUACCAUCAGCAACAAUAGUUAACCAAACAACUUUAGAAAAAGAUGAGAAUCUUGGCAAGGCAGAAAGUAAACUCUGUUCUAAUAGAAUAGAGGACAGCAUCUACAAUAUUUUUGGGCCAAAGAAGAAGUUUAAAUCAGUUAUCCAGAAGCCACUUCCAAAAGAUACUUCAGCACAUAGUGCUUUAAUGGAAGCUAUUCAAAACUCAGGAGGAAAAGAUAAGCUCCGAAAGAUUUCACACAGUGCUGUAAGUGGAAGUCCGAAAGAGUCAAAGUUCAUGGAAACAGAGGCUGAGCGUUCAGCUCUUUUGGCAUCUAUUAGAGGGCACAGUGGAGUCUCAGUAUUAAGAAAGGUUUCUUCAUUUGCUUCUGCUGAGUUGCAGAGAUUCCGAAAUGCAGAAGAAGUUUUGAAGAAUAAGAGCAACUCUACAAAAGAACAACAAUAUGGUCCUCCACCACCACCUCCUUUGCCAUUAUCUCAUGCACAGUUGAGAAUGAAAAAAACCCAUUCUCUUCCAAGAAUGACAGACAGCCCAGGGAAUUCAAGGCAGGCCUUAAUGGAAGCAAUCCGCUCAGGAGCUGGGAAAGCACAUUUAAGAAAGGUGCCUCUGUGUGAAAAUUAGAUGCACCUGUCGUUCAACUCUGAAGCAUUGUGAUAGAUUAAAAUGGUCAUCCCUAAUAGAAAGAAUGAAAAUCUCUCCCCAGUUUGUUUACAAGCAACAUUAAAUAUCUAUGUAGUCCUCUAGAUUCAGUUUAUGUGCCAAGGGUCUAGGAACAACCUAUUUUCAGAAUUAUAUCAAGCCAAAAUAGCAAGUUACCAAAUUCAUGAACUUGGAAUGAAUAGUCACUGAGAACACUUUUUAGUUCUUUAAGACUAUUUAAAUAUAUUUAUGGAGAAAGUUGAUUACCUUUAUAGAUGUACCUGAAACACAUCCCUCUUUUUUUCAUUAAGUGAAUUUAAACCAUCUAGCUGUUCCAAACCAUUUAUUUUUAUUUUCAAAUAUAAAAAUAUUUACAAUAUUGCAGGUGAUUCUUUUGCAGCUUCAAGAUCUUACAAAAGGAACAAAGGCCAAAUUUCACACAUUCUCUUUUUGGUGGUUUUUCUUGUUUGUUUGUUUGUUUUUUGUAUAUGUUCUUUUUUACUAUUGGGAUUAAAGGAAAAAUGGGUCCCUUAUUCUUUGUUGUGACUUAAGUCACCUGUUUCAUCUCUAAAAAGAAUCUGAAACCCUUCCCUAAAGCAAGUUUGGGUUCAUUUAUUUUGGAAUGAGACUUUCAACAUACUACACAAGCCUGAUGUAACCCAUGAGCCAAGAGUUUACACAAUUCUGCAAUAAAUGCUUUAAAAUAAACUAAAAAGUGAUUAUGGUAGAAAAUGAAUAGCUUAGAAUGCCAUAUGUUGAAAUUGCCACUUUUUAGUUAAUUAAGUUGCAAUAUUUGAGCUAUGCAACUUAUUAUUAUCAAAAUAGAGAAGAAUCUAUUUGAUAGACUACUUUAGGGACAUGAAAUAGUAAUAUCUACAAAUUUGCUAAACUGGGAUGAAAAAUAAUGCUCACCUAUUGUGUCAGAGUCUACUAACAGCAAUUUCUGCAAGCAUGUCUAUUGUAUUUAAUGAGAACAUGGCAGUGCCCUUUCACAAUUCCCAACAGUAUGACUCGCAAAAUGAGAAUAUGUUGGUGAAUAAUGCUCCAAUUAAGAAAUCUAAUCUGUUGCUACCCAGAUGGUUUAUGGUUCAAAAUAGUCAAAAUAGUCCUGACUAGGUUAAUCUAGAUAUGUUACAACUACUCCAUUCCCUUAACAUGUUUCAGUGAUACGGGAAAAAAAACUGAUCAUGUAUAACUUGAGGAAAUCUGCCAUUAAAUAAAAUUAAUGUAUGAAUGAUUUUUGUUUUUCAUGGUAUUGAAGAUAAUGAACUAUGUUCAUUGUAUUAAGUUUAAUAAUUAUGAUGAUAGUGCACAUGGGAAGCACUGGUUUUUCAGUGUAUAUUACUGCUAGAUUACAUAAUCUUGCUCUUCUUUCGAAGUGCUACUGCUCAUCUGCAGUGACUACAUGUAAUAUACUGUAAAAUAUUAAUUUAAUUUAGUGCCACGAAUGAAACAAUCACAAAACAUAUGUGAUGUUGGCUUCAA